AUUUCAUACGAAGUACUUCGUACUUGUUAAAAGCCCGCCCAUGGAAUGAUGGAAGUCCCCCUCUUUAUUUCAAUUCAAAAACAGUGAACAGAUAGAUACAAACACAGAACAAAAAAGCAGAGAGAGAAAAAUGGAGAAGAUCUGUGUAGCAGUGAGAGUUAGACCUCCAGUAACUCAAGAAUCAUUCAAUGGAACCUUCUGGAAUGUCAACGAUAAUCGCAUUUCUCUUCACAAGUCUUCCGGAACGCCUAUUUCCGGCGUUGUCUUCACAUUUGAUCAUGUGUUUGAUCAUUCUUGCCCGAAUUCUAGGGUUUAUGAGCUUCUGACUAAGGAUAUUAUUUCUGCUGCCGUUGAAGGGUUUAAUGGCACCGUUUUUGCAUAUGGGCAGACGAGUAGUGGAAAGACAUUCACCAUGAAUGGUUCAGAAAACGAUGCUGGAGUCAUUCACCGGGCUGUUAAAGAUGUUUUUGACAUGAUAACAAAGCAUGAUGAGAGGCAAUUCCUGAUUCGCGUUUCUUAUAUGGAGAUUUAUAAUGAAGAAAUCAAUGACCUUUUAAUGGUUAAUAACCAGAAGCUGCCUAUCCACGAAAGUUUGGAGCGUGGCGUAUUCGUUGCUGGCCUUAGAGAGGAAAUCGUGACCAAUGCUGAACAAGUACAUAAGCUUCUCGAAGUAGGAGAAGUCAAUAGACACUUUGGUGAAACAAAUAUGAAUGUACGAAGUAGCAGGUCACACACAAUCUUUCGAAUGGUCAUUGAAAGCAAGACUAAGGAGAUGGAUGGUUCAAGUUUAGAUGCUAUCCGCGUUUCUGCUUUGAAUUUGGUGGAUCUGGCUGGAUCAGAAAGAAUUGCUAAAACUGGUGCUGAUGGAGUUAGAUUGAAGGAAGGAAAACACAUAAACAAAAGCUUGAUGGUUCUUGGGAAUGUCAUUAAUAAGCUCAGCGAAGGAGUUAAACAAAGGGGACAUAUUCCUUACAGAGACAGUAAGCUGACUCGUAUACUCCAAUCCUCACUUGGUGGCAAUGCUAAAACUUCAAUUAUCUGCACAGUAGCACCUGAGGAGGUUCAUGUUGAAGAAACUAGAGGAACUCUUCAAUUUGCUAACAGAGCUAAACGAGUUACUAAUUGUGCUCAAGUCAAUGAGAUCUUGACUGAUGCAGCUUUGCUGAAGCGUCAAACACUAGAGAUAGAGGAACUACGCCAAAAACUUCAGGGAUCGCGGGCUGAGGUGUUGGAACAAGAAAUAUUGAAAUUGCGGAAUGACUUGCUUAAGUAUGAGCUGGAGCAUGGAAAGCUUGCCAUGGAGCUUGAAGAGGAGAGAAAAUUGCAAAAACAAAGAGAUCUGCACAUCAAAGAGCAACAAAUGAAAAUUAACAACCUCAGUAAUAUGGUGAACUUUUCAGACAGUGAGAGAAAGAGCAAUUCUCAGCAACAAGGUUUCUCAGGGCAAGGAAUAGGGGAGAGGAACAUCAAUAGCCAGCACAUGUGGCAAGAAGAAGCUUUCAGCACACCUGGGGUGAAAGAAGCUCCCAAGUCUUUUGUUGUUAGACGAUCAAAUUAUGCAAGAGUAUCAGAUUCUGAUUCUAGCCCCUUUCCUGGUGCAUUCAACGACGUGGCAGAUGAAGAUGAAUGGAUGAUGAUGAAUAAAGGAUAUGUAGCUGACCUUGAUUCAAUUCAUACGACUCCUGCGGUUAAAUUCCGGUCCAUGCCAUCUAAUUGCAUUAGUCCUGGUCUCUCAAAAGAUAGUGACGAGCAAGAGAUUCAGAGCCUCAAGAUGCAAAUGGAUCUUAUUUCUAAAGAGAGAGAUGAACUUGAGAAAAAUCAUAGAGAUCAGGUCUUAAUGAAUAACAAAUUAACCAAAGAGAUCAUGGAACUUCGGGAGGAGGUCAAACUGACUCGAGAAAUUCCUCAAAUGCUCUAUGGCUCCGUGACAACUUGUAAACACAUAUUUAAGGAUGUCCUAUCUGUUAUGCAGAGUUCUGUUAGUGAUGAAAAAUCUUUUGCAAAAAAUUUGCUAACCAGCAUGACUGAGAUCGGCUCAAAUCUUUUUUCAACUUUGGAAACUCACUGCAGAAUGGCUGUAGAUGGUCAUCGAACAUUCAGCACGGAUACCUCUUUACUGCAAGAGCAGUGGAAUGUUAUUUGUGAGAGACUGAAUGAUUCAGUUGCAUUUUUGGCAUCGUCGGAUGCACAAAGUACAACGAGGGGAGAAUUUACAACCAAGCAAUGUGGCACUGAUUAUAAGGGCGUUGACUUCAGGGAAGAGCCUGCUUGUUGGAAGGACUUAUUAAGCAAUGAACUCAACACAAUCAGAGACAAAUACAUAAGCCUUGAAAAGGAUGUUGAUCAAAAUAACCAGGGGGUUCUGGAAGAGACCAACUCAAGGUACCUUGAACUGGAGCGAGAGUUCCAGGUUCUGCAGCAAGAAAAAUAUUCCUUGCUUGAUAAAGUGUCUAAAUCAUGUCAAAACCUAACAUUAGUUUCAGAAGAAAGAGAAAUAUUGUUGGAGAGAUACAAGUCUGAGAUACAUAAAAGGAGGAAUCUUGAACAAGGGAUUGAGCAGUUUAGUGUGGCAUUUGCCUCUCGCAAAAAAUCACUGGCAUCCUUUCACAGUGAGUUUAAAUCUAAAGUUGAUAAUCUUAAAUCUCAGAAUCCUGCUGUGGUGAUCAGCUCCCUUGGGUUUUAGAACUUUUAGGUAUCUGCCUCACAUUUUUUUUAUUUAAACCUAUAGCUAUGGCAAGAAUUGAUUGAGUUAUCAGUUUGUGUAAAUUAUAGUACAAUUGUAUGAGUCUUCUUUGGCUCCUAUUCUUCAAAAUGAUGCAAGGUGUAUUAGGCUUCGGCUCCA